ACAGGUCUUAUGGUCGCCUGCUACCGCGGUUUUGAGAAUGUUGUGGCCUUGCUCAGCCGCUGCCCUUUCCUCGAUGUGAACCAGCAGGAUAAGGAAGGGGACACAGCCCUCAUGCUGGCUGCCCAAGCAGGUCAUGUGCCUCUGGUGAGUCUCCUGCUCAACUACUACCCAGGCCUGGACCUGGAGCGCCGGGACCAGCGGGGGCUAACGGCACUGAUGAAGGCCGCCAUUCGGAACCGUUCGGAAUGUGCUGAGCUGACAGCGGUGGAUCCUGUCCGGGGCAAGACGGCCCUAGAGUGGGCAGUGCUGACUGACAGCUUCGACACCGUGCAAAGGAUCCGGAAGCUGCUGCGGCGCCCCCAGAUAGAGCAGCUCAGCCAGCAUUACCAGCCCGAGUGGCCAGCCCUGCCUGGGCUCGUGGCCCAGGCCCAGGCCCAGGCCCAGGCUGCCCCAUCUCUUCUAGAGCGACUCCAGGCCACCUUGAGCCUCCCCUUUGCCCGGUUUCCUCAGGAAGGGGGUGUCCUGGACCACCUUGUGACCAUCACGACCAGCCUGGCCAGUCCCUUCCUUACCACUGCCUGCCACACCCUGUGCCCUGAACACCCACCUGCACUGGGCACCCGAAGCAAGUCUGUGCCAGAGCUGCUAGGCACUGCCCCUCCCCCGCCCCCAGAUCCCCAGCCCCCCCAGGUAGCCCCUGGCCCCCGGGCCCUCAUCGCCUACCAGAGCCCUCAGGGCGUGUUGAGUAUGUGCCCUCAGUGGCUACAGCCUAGGGACAAUAGCAGCCCCAGGCCCCAAGCCCCCAAGAUCCGCCUCUCCAAGGCACCCUCAUCGCCCAGACAGCACAAGCCAGAGUCCAGGCCUGGAGAGAAUCGAAGGUUGGCCCUUCCUAUCUGGAGAUAUCAGGAGCUCAGGAUGGAGAGGAGGAAGCAGGAGGAGGAGGCCAGGCAGGCACAAAGUCAGGGAAAGAUGGGCUAGGCCAGGCUGGGAGCAGGUGAUUAGGUCCCUCCCUAAGGCUCCUUUGCCCUCUGGAGCCCCUUCUGCUCUCCCAUCCAGAUCUGUACAAAUGAUUCUACUCUAAUCUACUUAGGAGGUUGUCCACACAGCGCUAUUUGCGAUACUAAGAGUGGAAACAACCUAAGUGUCCAUCAGCAGGGGACUAGCUAAAUUGCUUAUGGCUGUGAUAAGUGUACAUCCAUAUGAUGUAUUUUAUACAGUGGUAAAACGAGUAAGGAAGCUCUUUACGUUCUGAUGUGAAACUAUCUCUAAGAGGUAUUAAGUGAAAGUCAUCAAGGGGUGGAACAGCGUGUGUGGCAUGCUACUACUCGUCCAUGUAAAAUCUGCACCAAGAUAAACUUGACCAAUACAAAUAUAUAGGGAGUACCAAGAUGUAUUUAAGUACUCGAUGAAUGAAGGAUCAAAGGAGGAAACGAAAAACCAUUACUGACAGUGGAAAUACGAAUCCCGGAAUGAGAUUGAAAAGUUAGGUACAAAAAAGUUAAUUCUUACCCGGCAAUAACACCAUAACUUUUUUUUUUUCUGCCAGACAAAAAUAAAUUGCUACUUAUCAGUCUUCUACAGGUUAACCUCUUAACUUCCUAUAGAAAAUCUGGGCCCUAAUCA